AUGCCCGAGAAGAUGCUUUGCAGAACGGGGCCCAUGGCCCCCCGCCCCCGCGUAUGCAGCACCGCAAGAUACGGCCCCGCCAACAAAGGAGUUUCUCGGGACCAGGUUCUCCUUGCUUUCGCGGCUGCGUUCAUCAUCUUCACCAUCUUGGCACUGUGGAAGGGCCGGGCAUCAUCAGGCGACGUCUUCUGA